AUGGCAACUCUUAAUUUGUCGUCCAAUGGGGCAUCUAUAUCAAAGAGCUAUGAAACAGUGGUUAACUCAGCUUUACUAACUGGCUCCCUAGCGAGCUCCCCUACAUACUGCCAAUGGGCUGUGUUUUCUGUCUCUACGCCCCUUAUUAGUGCAUUCCAGCAAGAUGCGGGUAACAAAGAGAGUAUCUUAAAAGUCCAGAGCACUGGAGAGGGCGAAUUAACCGAUCUUAUUGAUGAGUUUUCCGAGGGCAAAGUACAGUUUGCCUUUGCUAAAGUGACUGAUCCAAACACGGGACUGCCCAAAAAUGUGCUUAUUGCAUGGUGUGGAGAGGGAGUACCUGAACGGACAAAGGGGUAUUUCACAAGCCACCUGUCUGCUGUUUCAAAGUUCUUGCAUGGCUACCAUGUUCAGAUAACUGCACGCUCCGAUGCAGAUUUGACGGCUGAAGGAAUUGUGCAGAAAGUUAGCGAUGCUUCGGGUGCCAAAUACACGCUACAUAGUGAACCGUCUUCCUCUCCUGCUCCCCCGCCACCAGCCUCCAACAAGCCUGUUUUUACGCCGUCUCGAUCUGGUGGUAUUGUUUCAAAUAAAGCACCACCAGUGCUCCAACGGGACAUAUCAGGACGGAACAGCCUUGACGAUGGCUGGGGUCCUGAUGCGCCACCAAUUACAAGAACGCAACUUGAAAAGGUCCAACCAGCUUAUAAGCCAACAAAGGUGAAUAUUAAUGAACUCAGGUCAGAUAAAUCACCAAUUGUUGGCGGGAGCACUGAGAAUGCCACGGAAGACCGUAGUGAUAUUAUUAAAGGUGGCUAUCGACCUGUGGGCAGAGUGGACAUUGCUGCUAUAAGGAGACAAGCCCUUGAAGCUGGCGAAUUUAAAGAUGACCGGCCUGGGCCUGUAAAAGGCGUAUAUGAACCAGUUGGGAAGGUUGAUAUUGCUGCAAUUCGCUCCAAAGCGCAAAAGUCAGGCGAUGACUCCUCUGCAACUAAUGAUAAGACCAAUAUACCAGCCAACGCCCCGAUUACCGGACAAACAAAAUAUCCUGAACAUCCCUCGACAUCCACACAUUCUGAAAGGCUUACAAGUUUGCCAAAACCGAAGGUUUCCAACAAGUUUGGAAUCCACUCAACAUUUGCUGGAACGAAGCCUGCUGUUCCCAACGAUUCCAUGCCAAAAACAAAACCAGGAUCAGCACAUGUUGGUAGUGCAAGCAGAACAUUUGCAGAUGAGCGAGGAAAAACUCCUGCUCAACUUUGGGCAGAAAAGAAAGCUAGGGAACGUGGAGAAGACUCUUCCUUUGUCUCAUCAUUUCCUAGCCUGGAGUCCAAUAAAGAGAACAGUGGCGAUGCGGAGUGGAAAGGCUCAUGCAGCGGCAAAAAUUGGGAUCCUGUCCAGACAGUACAUACUGAGAAAUUUAGCGACAACAAUAUUGCUCACCAAGCUUCACAUUCGGUUUCAGGCGAGAAUCUAGGAACGGAGACCCGCACCCCCCAGCAAAAUAUUACUGCUAUCCAGGAUACACUUGCACGCGGAUCUUCGGUAGAUAGUCCCACUGAUGGGCCAGAUACAACAGAUGCACAACAUGCCGUACCUUCCCACUUCUCACCAACAGGGUCUGCGGAACAGCAAACCCGUGAAGCCCAUGAGCCAGAGGUUGUGGAAAGGAUUUCGAGUCAACCCCACAACUCCCGCCCCCCAACUCCUCCAUCUCCAGCACGUGAAGCAUCACCCAUCCGUGUUGCCAUGCCAGUUGGACGAGGAGCCGCAGAUUUGACGGACGAAGAACAUGUAUCUUCACCUAACAUCUCAUCUAAUAGGCCUCGACAGAUUGCACCGAGCGAGACGGAUCUUCAAGUUGAUCCGCAGGAUACAGCCCGGGCAACAGACAGAACAACAACGCUGGCCCAUUCCCAGGGAGGCGGCGUUCAGGCCCUUGUGCAAUAUGAUUACGAAAAGGCGGAAGAUAACGAGAUUGAACUAAGAGAAGGGGAAUAUGUGACGGAUAUUGAGAUGGUUGAUAAAGACUGGUGGUUAGGCUCCAAUAUGCGUGGUGAAAGGGGUCUUUUCCCUAGCAACUAUGUCGAGGUUGCUGAGCAUAAACAACAAGGUCGCCCAACGUUGUAUUCUCAUGAAUCACAGGUAGAUACUCCAGAUCUUCAUGCUGCGUCCGCUGCACCUCUGCCUUCAGGUUUGGUCUCGAACCUUCAGCCUAGUGCAAUGGCGCUAUAUGACUAUGAAGCUGCGGAAGAUAACGAGCUUAGCUUCCCAGAAGGCGCUGAAAUUACUGGAAUUCCUUAG